AUGGCUGCUAAAACUGGUAAGAGCACAUCCUCAUUGAAGUCUUACUUUUCUGAGGCUGAGAAUGAUGUGAUAGUAAAGGCCUUCUAUCUUUGUGAUGGGCAGCUCCUUGAUAUACAUGACUCUGGCAAGUUCUUCCAUGACCGUUUGUCAGGAGAAAAAGAGCUGUCUGGCACCAACUCUGUGGACCUACCUAGGUCUGACAUUCUGGGAUCCUUAUCCUCUGAUAAUGAUGAUGCAUAUGAACAAACACAGUCUGGGACUGCAGGGGGUUUAUCAGGUGUAGGAAGUAUCACUACACAUUCUCUUCAAACAUAUGGACUCUCACAUCCAAAGACAAAAUGUGAGCAACAGACACCCCAUAAGGUCCCCAACCUUGGAGCCUUCAUACCUCAAUGUGAUGAGAAAGGUGAUUACCUUCCAAUGCAGUGUUAUGGUAGUACUGGGCACUGCUGGUGUGUGGACAGGAAUGGAACAAGGAUUGCAGGAACUUUACGGCAUGGAGAUGCCAACUGCCAAGCAACUGACAUUCAGAAAAAGUGCCGUAGAGAAGCAGCAAAAGUGAUUCGAAUGCCUGGAGCCUUCACUCCACAGUGUAACUAUAAAGGAGAUUAUCGCCCAAUGCAGUGCCAUGGUAGCACUGGGCAGUGUUGGUGUGUGGAUGUGAAUGGAGACAAGAUUUCGGGAAGUGAACAGCAGGGACCAGUUGAUUGCAAAGCACAUGAUAUUCAGACAAAGUGCCAGAAAGACGCAGAAAGAUUCAAACCAAAGGAUGGAACUGACAUUCCAAUGUGUGAUGAGAGGGGGGAUUAUCUGCCAAAACACUGUCAUGCCAGCACUGGGUUUUGUUGGUGUGUGAACAGGCAUGGAGAGAUGUUAGGCACUAAACAAAGAGGAGAACUGAAAUGUCCAGAGCACACUCAGACAAAGUGUCAGAAGGAAGCAUCAAGGUUAACCCCAAUGCCAGGAGCCUUCAUUCCACAAUGUGAUGAAAAGGGUGCUUAUCUUCCUAUGCAGUGCAAUCAUAGCACUGGGCACUGCUGGUGUGUUGGUCGACGAGGAAAAAAGUUUGUAGAGACAGAACAGUUUGGAGAAGUUAGCUGUGAAGGAGUUGGCAAUAUCACAAAGUGUGAAAAAGAAGCAGAAAGAAUACAAGUUGGACUUUUGGGUGUAUACAAACCACAAUGCAAUGAACAUGGACACUAUGAACCAAUACAGUGCCACAGUAGCACAGGGUACUGCUGGUGUGUGACACAGAAUGGCACAAAAAUCCCUGGAACUGAGAUACGUGGAACACCAAAGUGUGAUGAGCACGCUCAGACAAAGUGCCAGAAGGAAGCAGCAAGUAUAACCCCGAUGCCAGGAGCCUUCAUUCCACAAUGUGAUGAAGAAGGUGCUUAUCUUCCCAAGCAGUGCCAUGGUAGUACUGGGUUCUGUUGGUGUGUUGAUCAUUUGGGACAAAAGUUGUUAGGGACGGAACAGCAUGGAGAAGUUACCUGUUAAAACUAAAGUGAAGAAGAAAUCCCUGCAUGAAGGGCAGCUUUGCUAUAGAGAAAAUACACUUCUUAGUCUACAAGGCAGUCGGAUGAAAACAUUUUCCUCAAAAAUCAUGCUGCACAAAAGUAGUGGAACUGGCAGUUUGAAACAAAGACUUUUUUCUGCAGGGAGGCAAGUCUGUACAUACCACAAUGCUGACACCUCAACUAUAUGUACCCGAAAAUAAGAUAAUGACCUCUGAAGAUGCUGCACCUUAGAGCAAGGGCAAAAACUUUAUUCAGGCAAAGAUGUUUCUGCCAAGUGCAAAUCUUCAAGCAGCUGACAUUUCCACUUCUAAAAAGACACUGCAGUCUUACUUCCAGAAAGACAGAAAGACAAUGAUUUGAAGCUUCAGCAUUACCCAUACUGGGACAUACCCAACCACACUUUCUACCUUACUGAUUUUGAUGGUAUGGCAUGAAUUUGGAGACAAGCUCCUUAAAGCAGGUUUCCCAUGAAAUACCAGUUAUGUCCUUAAAAGGAAUAUCGCAAAAUGGAGAAAUUACUAAGCAUAAACAUGAAAACAUGUCUAUUGCAUUUGUAUCAAAGUAUAGGCUCAAAUUCCAAAUAUCACUUUAACUUUCAUCAUGUUGCUUUUACAGUCUCAGGGAUGUGCUUAAGCAGGGCAUUCAACCAAUUUUGUCUGUACAUAUGACAAUGUAAGCAAAUGAUAUUCCAGCAAGCCAGAUCAUACAAAGCCUGAGUACAUGUUAACAUUGGCAACCUUAAAUGGAAAAUGUCCAUACAAUAUUUUUUGUUAGUUUCUUUGAAAUCUUAUUUAACCAUGCUGUAGUGUUUUCAUGAAAUAAUUUAUCUUACUUUUUUUUUUUUUUUAGGACAUCUAAAUCUUUCCAUUAUAUGUAGCCUUUCUCUAAAACUAAUUCAUUUAUUCUACCUUAUUUCUGUCACCACUAUCCCAGUUUUACAACCAGCACUGUAAGUGAAACUGGUAGAUUGUUGAUGGUUGGGUUGAGUGGAAUGAUUCAGACCAUGACAAUGUCCAUUGCCCAGGAAGGCGAGCUAGGUUUUGGGCAAGCAUUCGUUUGUUUCUUUUUCUGAUCUUGUUCAAAAGUCUAAUAAUGAAUCUAGAUGCAGAAGUGGGGGUGGGGUGGGGGUGGGGGGUUGUACACAAAAAGUAAAGCAACGUGAUAGAGGACUAAGGUUUUAUUUGCAAAACAAUGUACUGUUGUAAGAACAGGCAGCAGUUAAAUAUGAAAAUAAUAAGUUCAAAAUAAUGAAAAUCAAUUAAACAGCAGCAUGAUUUUAAGUGUUUGUAAUGAUUAUGUUAUUCCACUACACUGACUGCUACUUUUUACCCUCUAACCUGAAUACUGUCUGUAUUCCUAAUAAACAUUUAGGAAUCAA